AUGUCUGCCAACCUCGACAAGUCCCUGGAUGAUCUCGUCGGUAGCCGUCGCCAGACCGCUCGCCACACUGCUCGUCGUCGUGCUGGUGCUCGCCGUACUGCGACUAAGCCUUCUGCCGUCGGAGGUGUGAAAAAGUCCACCAAGGCUGCUCCCAAGCCUGCUCACCCAACCCCUGUCGCCCAAACUGGUUCCAGCAAGAUUCUUGUCAGCGGAUUGCCUUCCGAUGUGUCCGAGGCCAAUGUCAAGGAAUACUUCAACAAGUCUGCCGGUCCUGUCCGACGGGUUAUGCUCACCUACAACCAGAACGGUACCAGCCGUGGCAUUGCCUCCAUCAUCUUCAACAAGCCAGAUACCGCUGCCAAGGCCACCAAGGAGCUCAAUGGUCUCCUUGUCGAUGGUCGUCCCAUGAAGAUUGAAGUUGUCUAUGAUGCAUCCCACGCUCCCACCAUUCCUGCUCCCAAGCCUCUGACUGAGCGCAUCGCCCACAAGGCUCGCCCCAAGUCUGCUGCGGCUCCCAAGGCAAAGGAGAACAAGAAUGCCGCUGCCGAGAAGGGAGCUCGCCGUGGCAAGGGUCCUGCUCGCUCUCGUGGUCGCAACGCCGGCCGUGGCAAGCCCAAGACCGUUGAGGAGCUUGACGCCGAGAUGGUUGAUUACUUCUCCACUGAUGCUCCCCCGGCCGAGGGUGCUGCUCCCGUCAAUGGCGCCGCCCCCCAGGCCAACGCUGGCCAGGAUAUCGGCAUGGCUGACGAGAUCUCCUAA